GGGAGCGGCGGAGCCAUGCGGGCACCGGGGCCGUGCGCGGAGUGCGGCGCGGGGGCCGCGGCCCGGUACCGCUGUCCGCGCUGCGGCAGCGCCUACUGCUCCGUGCCGUGCUGCCGGACCCACCGCGAGCGCUGCUCGCCCGAUGCUGCCCCGCGGGAGCGGGAGGCGGCCGGGCAGGAGCCGGUGCCCGCAGCCGGGCUCCCGGAGGACGUCCCGGGCGAGGAGGACGAGCAGGACCGCGUCCCGGCGCACAGGCUCCGGCUGCUGGGAGAGUCGGAGGAGCUGCGGGAGCUGCUGCGGAACCCGCACCUGCGGCAGCUGCUGCUCGCCCUGGAGCGGGCUCGGGACAAAAGCUCCGUCCUCAGGCGGCUGAUGCAGGAGCCGCUGUUCGUGGAGUUCGCCGACUGCUGCCUGGGCAUUGUGGAGCCUCCCGAGGAGAAGGAGAACGUGCUCCCCGAGUGAGGUGCCGUGGGAAUGGAUUUGUUUCAUUAUCUUCGGGAUUUUGGUGUGGGAGCUCAGCCAGCAGCCAGAGGUGCUGCUGUCCCUCUGCCCGUGGAUGUCAGUGCUCUGAUUCCAGUCUGGGACACCGUUUUACAUCCUGGGGGUUCAGCUUGGUCCUCUGUGGAAUUCUUUCUGUUGGCACAGAAAUUCACCACAGCAAAUGUUGCUUCACAAUGACAAUAUUAAAUGUAUUUACAUUUAUUUUAAUCCA